CUAGUGCUCUGCUCAUAUUUUAAGGAGACAUCAUCACCCUCUGUUGAAAAAACUUAAACUACCUCUUGGUGAUUUAUGACGGUUCUUUCAACUUUCGAAAGUCUUUCUCUGUUCAAAAUAUGAAACAUAGCAUGCUAGAGAUUAGAAGAACUUUUAACUCGGAGUGACAGUGUUUAUUAAUACACAUCUUAUGAUCCCAUGCAGGUGCUUAGAAAAAGCCUUCAGAGGGGGGUUGUGCUUUCAACAGGGACCUUUUUGGUUUAUGAAGCUCACAAGCUGAUUUCUGGCUUUGCUGAGGUUCAUGCAAGCUUCAAAGUGGAAGAAGUUAUAGAGCAAGCAGACUACCUGUAUGGGAGUGGAGAAACUGAAAAGCUGUAUCAGCAGCUGCUUCAGCAUAAAAAUAGUGAUGACGCAGAGUUGUUAUGGCGGCUGGCGCGGGCGUCGCGAGAUCUAGCUCAGCUUAGUAGUACUUCUGCAGAGGAGAAAAGACAACUGGCGUAUGAAGCCCUUGAGUAUGCAAAAAAGGCACUUGAAAAAAAUGAAUCAAAUUUUGCAGCGCACAAGUGGUAUGCAAUUUGCCUCAGUGAUGUUGGAGAUUUUGAAGGAAUUAAGACUAAAAUUGGAAAUGCCAUUGUUAUCAAAGAGCACUUCCAGAGAGCCAUUGAACUGAAUCCAAAAGAUGCUACAACAAUUCAUCUUAUAGGCAUUUGGUGUUACUCCUUUGCUGAAAUGCCAUGGUACCAAAGAAAAAUAGCUGCAACGCUAUUUGCCACACCACCAACCUCCACAUUUCAAGAGGCUCUUCAUUACUUCCACAUGGCAGAGGAAGCUGACCCAAAUUUCUACAGCAAAAAUUUGCUCUUUUUGGGGAAGACGUACUUGAAGUUAAACAAUAAAAAGAUGGCUCUUCUGUGGUUAAGCAAAGCAAAGGAGUAUCCUGCACAUACAGAAGAGGACAAACAGUAGAGUAUCAGAAUGAAGUCUUCAGUAUGUCACAGUGCCAGGGUGGAUGACAUGUAGUGUUUCAGAGAGAUUCUUCAAAUUUCCUGCACUCACACACUACAAAAAAUGUUUGACAUGCACAAAACUGCUUCUAGCAGCUUUGUGGCAGAGGCACCUCACUUCAGUGCCUUUUCUGCUGCUGAGAACAGAACCUGCACCAAGAGGAAGGCUGUCCAGGUACCAAGUAAAGAUUGUUGAGUGCUUGCAGGAAGAAAGGGACAGAACCCAUGAACUACACAGUAGCUCCUUCAAGUAAUAUUACCUCACUGAUUCCCAGCCUUUGCUGCCUUUCCUCUUCACUAUCUUCCCUCCCCCCAAGUACAGCUGAAUUAUGGGGAAUCCAAAAAGAAAAAGUUACAGUAUUGGGGAAAUGCCCAGGAAGUCUUAAGUUAGCUGUACACGCGCACACACACACAGGUAUACAAAUUGUUUUUUCCUCUUUAAGAGCCAUGCUUUCAGUCCUUUAAAACCAAUUAAUAGAUCAUAUACAUGUACAGAAGGCCAGUGGGUUUGGCUUUUUCCUUGCUUACUAACCCCCUUCCCCACAGGAAAAGCUACUGCAAUUAUGAGAUAGCUAAAAUUAUUGAAACAAUAAAGCAACUACAUUCUUGGGAUGUGCUGUCUUUUUUAUUAUUAUUUUGUUCACUUACUCACAGAUUCACAAAAUUCAGCAGUUGGUAGUGGGUCAACGUCAUUCAUUAGUGCAAAUUCAUGAAGUUCAACUCUGACAUUCAGCCCUCUUAAUUGUCUUUUAGGCAAGCCACACGCUUCUGUUGCCCAGCCUCUGACGUUUGUUGUUUUUUAUUUUUUAAAGCUUCCUCCAUUCUAACCAGUAUAAGUCAUAAUUUAAGUGGAUUUGCACCUGAAGCUAAUUUGAUGCUAUAGUCACAAAAAUGGUUUUGCAGAAGAUAUUUGGUGUAGUAUGAAAAACCUUCGAAGUGGUGGAAAUUUCUGAAACUCUUACAGAUGGUUCACGUAAGAUAGCAGUCUGUUGGGCCCAUUGCACUACCGGUGUUACCAAAGCUAUGUACAGGUUAACAGCUCCACAGUAAGCUGUGCAUAUUGACUACAAAGCCUCCAGAGAAUCCAAUAUGUAGAAAAAUAAAAUUUUGGCAGAAUUCAGUUGCUGUAUGGGAAAGAUACAUGAACAGAUAUAACUGUUUUUUCCUGCAUGUACACUUUUAACAGUGCAAUAUGAUAUGUUACAGAAGUAGUUUUAAUCAUAUCCUAAGAAAUCAUUUUCAUGUGUGUACAAAAUUCUGUAUAAGUGAAAUGUAAUGGAAUUUACAGUUAAUAUUUAAAGCAUAAUACAAAUGGUAAUUUUAAACAUGUUUUGACUCUAUAAUAAGGAAGCACGGUUUGCUAAAAGUAGCAUUUAAUAUAAUUCACAUGAAUAAGGUGUUAAAUUAAAAAAAAACAAAAACAAAAACCAAACCAACACACAUCUUUGCAGUUCAGCAAAUGCCCUCAAUGCCAAUAAAACUAAUUUUAAAAUGGCUUUAUAUUAUUGUGCACUUAGGACAAACUUGACCUA